UGGCGUCACGGCGGAGUUGCCAUGGCGGCGCUGAGCGGCCUGGCUGCGGCGCUGGAAUCAUACAGGGGUCGGGACCGCCUGAUCCGAACGCUGGGCUACUGCUGCCAGCUGGUUGGCGGGGUCCUGGUAGAACGAUGUCCAGCCAGGUCGGAAGUGGGGACGCGUCUGCUGACCCUGUCCUCCCAACUCAGCCGCUGUAGGACCGUCCUGCGACUCUUUGACGAUGUGGCCAUGUUUAUCUACACGAAGCAGUAUGGCCUGGGGGCAGAGGAGGAGGACAUCUUUGUCCGCUGCGUGUCGGUCCUCGGCAACCUGGCCGACCAGCUCUACUACCCCUGUGAGCACAUCGCCUGGGCUGCUGAUGCCAAGAUCCUCCGCGUGGACUCUGCCCGGUGGUGGACACUGAGCACAGCCUUCUGGGGCCUCUCCCUGCUCCUGGGCAUUGCCAGGUCCUUGAGGAUGGUCCUGAUGCUGAGAUGGAGGCUGAGGGGCCCCGCGGUGGCCUUCACCAGCCGGCUGCCGCGGAGCAAGAGGAGGGCCAUGGAGGCCCAGGUCCAGGCGGAGGUGCUGACCCUCCUGAGCAACGCGGCCGAUCUGGCCAAUGCUGUGCACUGGCUGCCUCCCGGCGUCCUGUGGGCUGGCCGCUUCCCCCCGUGGCUCGUGGGACUCCUUGGGACCAUCUCCUCCCUCCUCAGCAUGUACCAGGCUGUCGGGGCCAGUGGCCAGGGCGAGGCCACCACCCCCUGAUGUGGCCUGGGAGGCGUGGCUGCAGCCAGAACCCCACCGGAGCCCCUUCCACAAAGCAGAAACCACUUGGUGGGGGGGCUGGGUCUAACUGAGCGAGUCAAUGCCAGGCGUUGGGACUGUCCCCCAGAGGACACACGGCCACCUCGGGCGCACGCCCAUUCUGGGGCAGGAUGGGGGCAGGGGUGAGGUCUCCCAGGGUCCAAGAGCCAGGGCCUUUCCAACCAGGCUGGGGCUCCACGUGGGAGGCUCUUCUCAGGGCCAGAGGAGGGGUUCCCCACGCCUCACAUGUAGAAAAGGGUGCCGGGGGCCUCGCAGCGCCUCGCGCAGCCCGCGUCCUGCAUUCCAAUAAAGGCGAGCUGGGGAGCGGGGAUGGCGGGCGCCACGCGGGCCUUGGGAAGGUCGAGAUGAUGAUUGAUUAAAUAGCAUGUUGGUGCCAGGCCAA